CGGCAUGGGGAGCGUCAGCAGCCUCAUCUCCGGCCACGGCUUCCACGGCAAGCACUGCCGAGCCUCCCAGUGCCGCCUGCGCAAGUCGGCCCACCUGAAGAAGCUCAACAGGUACUCGGACGGGCUGCUCCGCUUCGGCUUCUCGCACGACUCCGGCCACAAGUCCGGCUCCAAGAGCAGCAGGAAUGAGGACUUCUUUUACAUCAAGGUCAGCCAGAAAACGCCCGGCUCACAGCGGGCGGACUACACGGCGCUCGCUAGUGGGGAGCCGGGCGGCCAGGCCGGGUCGAGCAGCUUGGACUUCGGGACGCCCACCCCUCAGAAACUGAUGUCCUUCCCAAAUCCGCUGGAACUGAGUGCAGAGAAGAGUGCUGCGAGGCCGACAGCCUUCAAGCCGGUGCUGCCCCGCUCCAGCGCCAUCCUGCACUCCUCCCCGGAGGACGGCAGCCACAUCUCCCAGCAGCUGCUCGCGCCGGACAAGGCCAAGGAGCAAGAGCUCAAGCCAGCCUUGUGCUCCGGGGGGCUCUCCGACUCCGGCAGGAACUCCAUGUCCAGCCUCCCGACCCACAGCACCAGCAGCAGCUACCAGCUGGACCCGCUGGUCACCCCCACGGGACCCGCCAGCCGCUUUGGGGGCUCAGCCCACAACAUCACGCAGUGCGCGGUCAUCCAAGACAGCAACAUGAUGAGCCUGAAGGCCAUGUCCUUCUCUGACGGGGGCAACAAGAUCAUCAACCCUGGCAAAGCACACCAUGCCUCAGAGAAGACCACUUGCAUCCGCUCGCCCAUCUCCACAGACGAGUCCACCAUCCAGGAGCUGGAACAAAUGCUGCUAGAGAGGGAGGGAGAGCUGCAGGAGCUUCAGUCCAGCUUUGAGGAGAAAGAAGUCACCUCCUGCCAGGUUUAUGAAGAGAAGCAGAGGCGUUGCAAGGAAGAGCUGGAGGGCCUCAAGCAGAAAUGCAGCAGCAAGCUAAAGCAGACCUCACAGAAAACCCAGCGGACGCAGCAAGUCCUUCACCUCCAGGUGUUCCAGCUGCAGCAGGAGAAGAAGCAGCUCCGCGAGGAGCUGGAAAACCUCAUGAAAGAGCAAAACCUGCUGGAGACCAAGCUGCGGUCCUAUGAGAAGGAGAAGACUAGUUUUGCUCCGGCACUGGAGGAGACUCAGUGGGAGGUGUGCCAGAAGUCCGGUGAAAUUUCCCUCUUGAAGCAGCAGCUGAAGGAAUCCCAGACUGAGCUCAACACCAAGACCGCGGAGAUCCUUGGCCUGAAAGCUCAACUGAAGGAGGUGAGGGCUAAGAUGGAAGGGCUGGAGAUGAAAACUCGGGACCUGGAGGACUCUCUGCACACCAAGGCCAUGGAGUUGGAGGUGUGUGAAAAUGAGCUUCAGCGCAAGAAGAAUGAGUCCGAACUCCUGAGAGAGAAGGUUAACCUGCUGGAGCAAGAGAUCGUGGACCUCCGAACGGAGCUCUCCAUCCUCAAGGAGCAGCUGAAGGAGGGCUGGGACAGGGCCACGUCUGCCGCCAGCCCGGCCCUGGGCAUGGUGGACAAUGUGCAGGUCCUGCAGGGAGAGGUGGAGAGGCUCAAGGCAGAGCUGAAGGCUGAGCGGGACAACAACGAGCAGAUGACGUCCGGCUUCGAGCACGAGCGGCAGACGUGGAAGGAAGAAAAGGAGAAGGUGAUUCACUACCAGAAGCAGCUGCAGCAGAGCUACCUGCACAUGUACAAGAGGAACCAGAACCUGGAGAAGAUGCUCCAGCAGCUCGCCUCGGGGGAGGAUGGCAAGGAGCCCAUCGCGCUGGACAUACCCGGUGCCGAUGUGCCCUAUGAAGACAUCAUCGCCACCGAGAUCUGAGGCGGGCUCCCCUCUCCUCCUCGCGGACGGAGGGCUCCUCCAGGCGUGAAGCCCUUCCUUGCAGCUCAGCCCGAGCUGGGUGCCCCCUGUACAGUUCAGAUGUGUUUAUUAGCUGAGCUGGUGAGCCCUUCUGCCUUCCCCGUGUUGCGCCAUGGCGGUGCCCUACGCUGCCUGUCGUGUUCCAGAGGUGAACAAGCAAUUCGUGCCAAUGGUGACGUGCCCAGCACCUGCCCCUCGUGUCCAGUGCCUCCUCAGCAGAUGCCUUCUGCUUGUUUGUAAGGAUUGAGAAGCCAGAGACAAGGGCAAUAAGGGAACAGGACUUGAGCAAAACCAAAAUCCUAUCAGGUUAGGAGAUGAUGCAAAACGCCCUAGGGUGAACUCUCCCCACGGGAUGAAUUCCAGAGCGAUGAACGCUGGUUCAGAGAGGGCCUAUGAGUAGCACAGCUCUGGCCACAGCUCCUCCUACCUUGUUCAAGAAGACAUAACCAACACCACGCUUCCACCACUGGUCCCUGGCCCACAGCCCGGAGAAAACACCAAGCUGCUCUGCCACUUAUUGCUCUUUCUCCAGCUGAUUUUGACUUCCAGAGAACAGUUGUAGCCAAGGAACCAGCCCGUAAGGAGCAAGAGGAUUCGUACCAUGCCACUGACCAGGCAAAACAUCCCGCUCUGCUUCUUCAUCCCUUCCACUGUCCUAGAGUGCCUCAGGAAUUACCCCACGUGCACACACACUAACCCAAGACUAUGGAGAGGGAGCAACCUUAGAUUUAUAAGGUUGACUCAUCAUUUUUCCUCCCAGUGCAAACCACUGGAAAGCACCAUCUUCUAAAAGGACAAGUGACUAUUAAGAGAUCACCCCAAGAUACCUUAAAAGAGGCCGGGGUUUCAAAAAGGUGCCUCUUGGGAAACAAACUCCUUUCAGCCUCAUGAAGUUGAGCAGCAGGAAUGUAAGCAGCCACAAAUCAGCAGUUUUUUUCUCUUAGAAAACCCCCAAUUGAUCACUUUCCAUCUCUCCUCAUCUUUUCCGAGUGCAGCAACCAAAAUCGUAGGCUCUGCUCCUUUCAGUUAAGCACAACAGUCACUCCUGCCAGCAGGUUCCUGCCUCCUUCCUGCAAAUCGGCCGUGCCGGAACUGCCUUGCACUAGCGAUCCCAGCCCACGGAGCAGGCUUCCCAUCCCGCACCCACCACCUACCAGCACUUCCCUCCUGCCAGGCCAGGCACCACAUAUACAUAUAUUAUAUAUAUAGUGGCCAGGCCAUGCACCACACUGUAUAUCCACGGCCUCCUGGCUCAGGAGGACUUUACCUCCCUAUUCUUCAGCUGCUAACUAGAUUUAAGGAUUAGCAGAGAUUGCGGGCAGCCCUGGAAAAAUCAAGAGGGAAAUCAUUUUUUUUGGCCCCAAAAGCAGCCCCGCAUGCGCACCCGUCCGUGC